AUGAACAAACGUCCGCCACCUGUUCCCCUUACCGAAGCUGUCUUUCAUCUUCCUUUUUCAACAUCAUCCUUGUUGACUCUCUUUUACGUAAAAGACUUUUCUUCUUCUUCCCUAAGUUUCAUCCUGUACUUGGAGAUUCACGAAUUGAUGACUAGCCGGAAGAAUACACAUUGGUGUAACACUUGUAGAAGAGGAAUUCGUCUUCAAGGAGGUGACGUAAGAGGAGGAGGAGGAGCUUGCAUUCACUGUGGUGACACCUUUAUUGAAAGGCUCUGUGAGAAUGUUGAACUAAGCCCUUUUGAUGUUUUCGGAUUAGCAUUUGAAGAAGCUCGUCACCGUAGGGACAACAACAGAAGAUCAAUUCUUGAAAACCAGAUAAGUUUUCAAGAGUUGUUUAACCGGCUCUCAGCACAAGACCGACGUGGUCCUCCUCCAGCUUCACUAGCCGCGAUCAACUCAAUGCAAAAGAUCAAAAUCAGUAAAAAGCAUCUCGGGUUACAUCCGUAUUGCCCGGUUUGUCAAGACCAGUUUGAAACUGGAUCAGUAGCAAGAAAGAUGCCGUGUAGACAUAUCUACCAUUCGGAGUGUAUAGUCCCGUGGCUUGUCCAGCGUAACUCUUGUCCAGUCUGUCGGAAAGAACUGCCACAAGACCGGAAUAAUGGCCGGAAAAAUCCCUUGUUGUAUUUGUGGCCGUUCAGCUCCUCUGGUUCGGCCUCAAACCAUAACGGAUCAGCUUUUCAUUGAAAUGAUUUUGUCUCAGUCCAUGUGUUACAGAAUUGAUCUUGUUUAGAUUUAAAUAUUUGGAUGUACAUAAGGGUUUUGUAGCUCACUAGUCACUACGAAAGUACUCUUAUAUAUGUAAUGUAUAAAAUAUUAAUUGUUUUGUAUCAAAACUUGAAAGCAUAUGAUAUUGUUCCUGCUAGUGUGUCAAUAUAUAAGCUACAAAUUGUUGUUCCA